AAAUUUUGGUGAGUGGAAGCCUGUCGUAUAAACUUGGAGACUCUUUACCUACUCCCUAACUCCUCCUCUUCAUCCUGUUUCCAAUAUUAAAUUCACUUCUCUUCUUUCUUCUCCUUGUCUUUUACAGUUUCUUUCUCUGGAUUUCCCCUCAAAAGAUGAGUAACAAGAGAUCGAUCAAGAAAGUAAUGAGAUGUGGAUUGAUAAAACAAUGUUUUAUUUUGAUCUAAAAAGGUUCCAAGAAGAGAAGAACAGAGAAAGAAUACACACAUUCUCGUGAAAACAAAGACUAAUAAGUAAUAACAGUAGAGAAAAAGGUUUGUUGGUAUGGGCUGCUCUCUGUCGAAGAAGAAGAAAAUUGCAAUACCACCGCCGGGAUAUGAGGAUCCGGACCUUCUUGCAUCCGUUACGCCGUUUACGGCAGCAGAAGUUGAAGUUUUGUACGAAUUGUUCAAAAAACUAAGCAGCUCAAUCAUCGAGGACGGUCUUAUUCAUAAGGAAGAGUUUCAGCUGGCUUUACUCGGAAACAGGAACCGGAACAAUCUUUUCGCUGAUCGGAUAUUUGAUGUAUUUGAUGUGAAACGUAAUGGAGUGAUCGAGUUUGGUGAAUUUGUUCGGUCUUUAGGUGUCUUCCAUCCAAAUGCACCUGUCCAUGAAAAGAUCAAAUUUGCUUUCAAAUUGUACGAUCUAAGGCAAACUGGAUUCAUCGAGCGAGAAGAAUUGAAAGAAAUGGUAAUAGCGCUUCUUCACGAAUCUGACCUUGUUCUUUCUGAAGAUAUGAUCGAAGUAAUGGUGGAUAAGGCGUUUACUGAAACAGAUCGCAACAAUGACGGGAAAAUUGAUGUAGAUGAGUGGAAAGAUCUUGUGUCCAUGAAUCCGUCGCUCAUCAAAAACAUGACUUUGCCCUAUCUAAAGGACAUAAACGCGACGUUUCCAAGUUUUGUUUUAUCUAGUGAAGACGAAGAACUAGAGUUGCAAAACCUAUAUUUCUAAUCCAUGCAGGUUGCCAAAAUAUUGUUCUAGUAUCUCCUAACGUGACGCAAGUAUCAAAGAACCACGAAAGGCAUAGAAACAUGGAAGGAACCAUUUCCUUACAAUUUGAAUAUGUUAGCUACAAAGGUCUUAAAUACCUCAUAUUCUUCUGGAUAACUUGAUUUUCUCAGGAGUUGCCCUGGAACUACUUUUAAAUGUUAUAUUAUUCGAAAUUCAAC